AUGGAUACAGACUCUCUAAACAUAGUCAAGUCCAUUGGGUCUGACUCUGUGACAUCGACGAAGCCGUCCAGCUUCGAGCAGGAGCAGGCGAUUUUGCAUUUCGAGCAGCCCAAAUUUGACCUCGAGAAAGUGCAAUUGCAGUUUGACCUUCGAAAUGGCUUGCGCCAAUUGCUUGUUUCGAACAAUGUCAUGUACAUUUUCACCUCAACGAUAGUCUAUCGUAUAGACUUGAGCCAUCCCUUUGAUGUUGCGGAGAUAGAUCUUCCAGGUUCGCCCGAAUCGUCUGUGACGAAUGCUUGGCUUCACCCAAGCGGCCAGUUCUUGAUUAUCCAGGUUAACAACACACAGUAUUUCCACUUGCAUAUUUCAUACUCCAAGUUCAAGAGCUUGCCGCGCUUCAAAGGUCUCCAGGCUCGUUUUGUUGUCUUCUCAGAGCUGCCAGACACGAGCUCCACUGGCGAUUUUCUCAUUGCGACGAAAGAUGGCAAUGUCUUUGUGGCUAUGAUCAAAUCACAUGAACCAGCUACGCAAGGCCUGAAGAGAGACGACAAGUACGUCAAGAACGUCUAUAAGACCAAGGGCCAGAUCUUCGGCUUGUCUGUUGCUAACAAUAACAGUCAGAUCCAGUUGUUCGUGGAUGGACAGCUUCUAGUGUGGGACUGCUUCGAGUUUGUUCUUGCUGAAAUCACAAGGGAUUUCCGUCAGGAGCCCACAAUCUUGUCUACAGCGCCACAAGACGCCAACACCGUUUUUCUUUCACGCGGACAGAACUAUUACAUAGUGGUGCCUGAGACCCUUGAUAUAUACUCAAAUGACGAGGAAUUGCAACUAUCCAAUACAGAAAAAUUGAAUGUUGGAGAGGGAGGCAUUUUAAACUCAGAGAAUUCCUUUAUCUCUUCUGCCCAUCAUCUCAUUUUCAUGUCAAGCAAACGUGACUCGCUUAUUAUUGUGAACAAGCUCACAUCACAGUCUCCGGUUGUCAAGAAUCUACCAACUUUCACACAAGGAACAAAACCUCUAGGGAUUGUAUCUGAUCCUAUCGGAAACACCCAUUGGCUUUACACAUCUAAUGAAAUCUUUGAGCUUUCCAUCACCAACGAAUCUGUCUCUGUCUGGUACAACUACUACCAGAUUGGAGACUACGAAAGAGCUCUUCGCUUGCUAGAUGCAAGUGAUCAAAACUCCAGUACUUGGUUUAAGAAAAAUGUCGUUAUGGUCAAACAAGGAUAUGACCUACUACAGAAGGGAGGAUUCGGCGUUGAAACCUACAACAGUGAAUCCUCAGAUGGUCUGUUUGAAAAUCAAGUUAAGGGGAUCCGCAUUCUCUCGGCUCUGCAAGAACCGUUUGAGAAGGUGUGCUUAAUGCUUUUGAACAUGCACUCUAGUCCUGAAAACUCAAUCCUGUCCAAUAUUCUAUUGGUCGAAUACUUGAAAGUCAAGUUCAAGAAUGCGAAGGAAGUUGAACAUAAUAAAUUGCGAAUGGUUGUUCUCUCGAGUUGGAUUGUAAGGAUUUAUGUGGAAUUGAUCCAAGCUGUUGAUCGUGAAGCAAGAUUACAAUCAGACGCAAAAGUCUAUGGAGAACAUAUGGCAAAUGGCGCUCAUGAGCUGCCUGCUAGAGAUUUUUCACAGGAGUUGAAUGAUCAACUUGACGACUUUUUGAGUACAAACUGCAAAGUGGUCGAUUCUAAAACCAUCUAUCAAAUCCUUACUGAUAUGGACUUCUCUCAAAAACUGCUCUUCUUUGCCGACAUCCUCGAGGAUUACGAAUUUAUACUCAACCAGCAUAUGGACGAAGAACACUGGCUGGAUGCAUUAAAGGUUUUGGUUAAGAUGUACACAAAAGAUAGACCAAAGGCAUCUGAAAUCAUCUACAGCUCUUCGACAGCAUUUCUUAUCAACAGUCCACGUGAGACUGUUGAAUUGUGGUUGAAGCUUCCAACAUUGGAUUACGAACGGCUUCUUCCUGCUAUCCUUAGCUACAACAAAAGUGGUAAUACCGUUAAUUAUGCACAAAAUCCCAGCAUUCAUUUCCUCCUGAAGCUCAUUAACGAAAAGAGCGUACGAAAUCCCACUGUUGUGAACUACUACUUGACUUUGCUUAUUUCCUAUCCCUCUCAAGAAGAUGAACAACAGGCUGUGACAAAAGUCAUCACAAAAACGUUGCAACACAUAAUUAGCGAAACACAAUCCAACUCGCGGAAACGGGCUCCAUAUGAUCCUGGAUUUUUGUUGAGAUUGUGUUUGAGGUUCAAAAGAUAUCAACCUGCUGUAUUAAUUCUCAUCAAUGAUAUGGAGCUUUAUGACGCGGCAUUGAAGCUUGCGUUAGAUAACAACCUCUCGUCUCUUGCUGAGUACGUUUUGAAGCAAUACGACAAUAGUAUCUUUCAAGAUGAAAAUGGUUCAUCGUCUGCCUUUGAAGAGUCUGAAAAUGGGGUUCGGGUGACGACAAUAAAAUUAGAAGAUGAACAUUUUGCUAUGAGGAAAAAGCUAUGGAUGACGUACGCCACCUUUUUGAUUGAAAAAGUCUGUAAUGGAGAGAAAGUGGAAGUUCUUGAUGCGGCUAAUUUGGAGUCGCUCCCGCCACCGAAAGAAACCAAAAAAGAUACUGUGCAAUCUAUCACAUCGAGUCUUGUGAACUCAGUGAACGGGAACAAUAAAGAUGAUGCGGAAGCUUUGGGUUUAAGCAAAGUUUUACACUAUUUGCUUCUGUUAUCCUUUUCUGGUAAGGAAAGAGCUCCAGUUCUCUCUUUGAAGGACUUGCUUCCUUUAUUCCCAUCCAGCAUUACUAUUAGUAACUUCAAGGAGGAGAUUGUCAAUUCCUUGAAUUUAUACAACAACUCCAUCAACCAGCUUUCUUUGGAAAUGCAAGAGUCGGCUGAUAUUGCAGAAAACUUGAAAAAGCAAAUCCAAGACUCUGCUCUCAAAGAAAAAAAUGGAACAAUCUACACGAUAAUCGAGCCAGGAGAAUCUUGUUCGCUCUGCAAGAAUCUAUUGGUCGACAGAAAUUUUAUUGUAUUUCCGAAUUGCCAUCAUUGCUUUCACAAAGACUGUGUCGUUCGCUUUUACUUGAAGCUGAAGGGAGAUUAUCGUUUCAAGAAGAUGUUUCAAGCCUUUAGACAAACUUCUACGGUGGCAGAUAAAGCCGAGCUCGAUGCGAUUUUGCUCAAAGAAUGUGUUCUUUGCAACGACAAAAAUCUCAAUACAUUGGAUGAUCCGCUUGUUGACCAGGAGCAAAACAAAGCGGAAAUUGAAGAAUGGCAAUUGUGA